UUUCACCACUAUAUAAACCCCUAUCACCCCACCCCUUCGCCAUCAUCUAUUAACACACACACUUCACACAAAUCACACACUAGCCAUGACUACCAGACCCCCACUUAGCUUCAUUACGUCGUCGUUUUUCAGCGUUUUGCUCUUCGCAGCUCGCGGUUUGUGUCAAUCGGUUCCAGCAAUGUACAUAUUCGGUGACUCAUUAGUCGACGUCGGAAACAACAAUUACUUGUCUCUGUCCAUUGCCAGAGCUAACUUUGCUCACAACGGCAUCGAUUUCCCUACCGGAAAACCCACCGGCCGGUUUAGCAACGGAAAAAACGCGGCAGACUUUUUUGCGGAAAAGGUCGGAUUACCAUCGCCAGCACCGUAUCUGUCUCUGGUGUCGAAAUUUAAGAAGUUGAGUAGCAGUAACGCGACGGUUACCGGAGUGAGUUUUGCAUCUGGAGGUGCCGGAAUCUUAAACGGAACAGAUGAACUUUUUAGACAAUCAAUUCCAUUAACAAAGCAAGUGGGCUACUACUCUCUAGUCCAUGAACAACUAGUUCAACAAUUGGGCCCAGAUGAAGCCCAGGCCCAUUUAUCCAAGUCCCUAUUUCUAGUUAUCAUUGGAAGCAAUGAUCUAUUUGGCUACUUCAACAAAAACUCCAAAGCCUCUAAGGAAUACACCCCACAACAAUAUGUUGAUCUCAUGGCCUCAACCCUCAAAGGACUCUUACAAAGAUUAUAUGAGUUGGGAGCGCGUAAAUUUGUGGUAAGUGGAGUUGGAGUGAUAGGUUGUUGUCCAGCACAAAGAAAGCGGAGCACCACUAGUGAUUGCAACGUCGAAGUAAAUACUUGGUCAGUGAAGUACAACGAUGGUUUAAAAGCUUUGCUACAAGAAUUAAAGACAGAAUCAUCGGAUAUCCAAUACUCUUAUUGUGAAACUUAUGAUGUUAUGAAUAACUUCAUCGAACACCCUGAAGCUUACGGAUUUACAGAGAUAAAAGAAGCUUGUUGCGGACGUGGUUACCUAAAAGCUGAAUUCCCUUGCACCCCGAUUUCAACUUAUUGCUCGAACCGGAAAAAUCAUAUUUUUUGGGAUCUUUACCAUCCUACUGAAUACACAUCUAGUAUCUUUGCUGACUCGGUGUAUAAUGCAUCACAGCCGCUUUUGAACUAGUGAAUACAAAACAACUUGUUAAUGUAAAAGGCAUGAAUGCGAAGUACUUAUACAUUCAACACGCGGGUAAGUUAAAAGGUAUAUUGAGUUAAAUUCGUAAGUAUACGAAUAAGUGUCAAACCAAAUGCUUUCGAUUUCUUGUGAUAUUGUUUGUUGAUCCACUUCUUGUAAGUUAGUUAUGGUGGUUGAUUGAUUCAUGUUUUUAGUUGUGUCUAAAAAGAUCAUUCAUGUGAACUGAAGUUCAAAUAAAAUAUGAAAUACAUGUAUGUUCAAAUAAGGUUGUAUAUUGUGAAAAACAUACCAAGAAUGGAUAAAAAUGUUUUUAAAC